CAUCAAAGCAUUGUUACGAAUAAUUUGACUUCAGUCAAUAUCUAAACUUUCGGGACAAUAUGGCUUAAUGUACAAAUCUAUAUUUAGUAUCUCUCUUUCACAUUUGGUUUAAUUUAGAAACCUUUUGGUGAAGCCUGUUAAAAAUUUCUUACUGAUCUUAAAAACUCAACCCUUCUCUGCAAAAAUCUAACGAGCAAAGCAUUAGUUAAUAAAAUUUUGGGGGUUAUUUAGGCCAAUUUUGAAUGGGACUUUUAUGAUUUCAAGCAAUUGGGAAUCUCAAAAUGAUAAGGAUUACCAAAAUUGCAAAAGGGUUUCAUUCAUAUAUAUCAAUGAUUUAAUGUUAUGAUUAACUAAGAUCCAGGUUGAGAUUUUGUAGAUUUGUUUUAAUUUUUGGGUGAAAUAAUAUAAUUAUGGCAGAGGGAAGUGCACAAUCAAGAUAUGUGAGAUUGACGAAAGAUCAAGGGCCAUUGGAAGACAUAACCCCUGGAGAACUUAAUCAACCUAUUCAAGUUCCACAGUUGAUUGUUCAUAGAUGUGAGGAAUGUGGGCAGCCGCUGCCAGAAAGCUAUCAGCCACCAGCCGAUGAAGACUGGACUACUGGCAUUUGUGGUUGUUUUCAAGAUAUUAGUACAUGCUGGAGAGGGAUGUUGUGUCCGUGUGUGUUGUUUGGUGAAAAUGUAGAGACAUUGAGAGAAGAAAUUCCAUGGCAAAAUGCAUGUGUUUGUCAUGCAAUGUGUGUAGAAGGAGGAAUGGCUGUGGCAGCUGCAACAGCACUUUUUCAUGGCAUUGAUCCCCAAACUUCUUUUCUGAUUUCUGAAACCCUUCUGUUUGCUUGGUGGAUGUGUGGCAUUUAUACUGGCUUGUUUCGCCAAUCGUUGCAAAAGAAAUAUCAUCUCAAGAACUCUCCAUGUGACCCAUGUUUGGUGCAUUGUUGCAUGCACUGGUGUGCUCUUUGUCAAGAGAAUAGAGAGAUGAGGAACCAUCUUUCUGAUAACAUCACAAUGCAAAUGACUGUUAUCGAUCCUCCUGCCCUUCAAGCGAUGAAUACCAACGAUGAUAACGAAUUUCCACCUUCUUCCUCGGUCGUGCCAUCUCAAGAACUCGCCAUCACUCCGAUUUAGAGAUCUAUUUGGUGUGGAGAGCUAGAAAAAUAUAUUUUAUAAGGAAUGAUCAUAUAUAUUUUAGAAUGACUAUUAAUUAGAAAGAAAACUUUUAAAAACUAAUCUCCAACUCUCUGUUUUUAGUAUAGCUUACUGAAUCAAUAUAU